UGAUACUCAAGUCACAAGUUCUGAGAGCAGAUCAGGGGCUGCAGAAAGAGAACAAGACACUAGUAUACAAACAAUGAAUGCAGACUCUAGUACUGAUUGGAUAGGGGCUUUAUUAGAGAGAGGACAAAGARUACGCGAAGGUCUAGCCAUGUCAACACUACUGGACAACAAUSAAUCUGGAAGUUUUAUUGAACAUUUCAAUUCUCCAGACAGGCAUGUCCCUCCAGGUCGUCUAUUCAAAGAAAUACUACARAAAGACAACAAAUUUGACUUGAUGACAAAAACAUCACCUCUAAGCCCUGAUAAAGAUGGUGAAGAUAASGUGAUUGAUCUCUUGAUGGGUGAUCAACAUGAUUUCAUGGAUAACCUGUCUAUUCUGUCAGAUGUCAGUCAAGAGCUGAGUGAGUUAGGGGAUCCAAUAUAUGAUGAAUCAUUACUGAAGGAUCUUUUUUAUAAAUCACAACACAAUAUAUCAGRGGCAAGUGACCUUGAAGGAGAUUCCAUAAGUACAGAACUUGAUAGCACAUUAACUAAUGGUUCUUUAGAAGAAGAUAAAAUCAAAUCUACAAAGCARAGUUCACCAAAACAAAACAACAAGAAAAGGAAAAGUCAAAGUAAAAAGGCAAAAAUGAAAGAGUUYSCUYUAGAAAGUGAGGAAUCUGAACUAUCAUUAGAUCAUUCAACUGAAAUAUCAGAUGAAGGUGUUGUCACUUCGACAAUAUCAGCUGAGUCUUUGUGCAAAGAUGAUUUAAUUCAACAGCUUGGAGCUGAUAAACUGACUACAUUAGGCAGAGUAAACACUGCAAAGGUUAUUAUUGAUAAUAUGGAAUUAACAAURGCUGAUGGUUCAAAACAUGGCGAUAACAAGAAACCAAGAACAUACUUCGUAGAGUAUUACUUUCCAAUAGCUACUGUCAAGGAAACACACAAAGCUGCCAUGGCAACAGAGGUUACUAGAGUUGCUUCUAAGAAAACACAUGAAAAUGUUGUGUUGUUUAACCAUCGGUCAGUCUUCCCUGUAUCAUUUAAUGCAACUGUACUGGAGCACUGGAACAACAUAGGGAUGACAUUCAAGAUAUUUAAAAGAGACUCUGGACAAAGACAACCAAGUGAACUUGGUAUAGGUGUCUUCCCUUUAAAGCAUGUGUUAUUGUCAAAUAACCUGAGUCAUGAUGUGAAAGUUGACAUCAAAGAACAGRAUAGAAGCCAUGAUACUGAUUCAACAUAUGAUUCACACAGUCCUGGAAAGUCACAUAAAACUGCCAUUGUAGGAAGUCUUGAGGUUAAAAUUGAGCUAGCRGUUGAUGGCAAGGCAGUGCAAGUACCAACUGCAACUACUAACCAACAAAGUAUGUUGAGUACAACUAUGGUUACCAUGGUUUCUAGACCAGUUAUGAUCUCAWCCUCUCAGCCUCAAAAGAAUUUGUCUGAUGGAAAACCUCCUCUACCUCACACUUCAAGAUUGCAAAGUACCGUUAAACAGCAGCAAGAAGAACCUUGUGACUGGUUGACACUUCACUCAUUGRUAUGGAUACAAGAAGGAAAAGGCAUAACACUUGAACCUCACAGUAGUCAUGGCAACCAUAUUCCUGGAAUUGGUGGAAGAACAAACCUCUUCCUGGUAUCCCGUAUGUUCUGGUGUGAMGAGGUAUCAAAGUCACCAGUUUGUUGGGGAACAAACCAACCUCAGUUUGGUUUCAAACAGGUUUCUCCAGUGCUGCUUUCACCAACUCUUCUUCAAAGAACAUGUAACAAUUUUAUGGUGGUUGAAGUAUGGGACAAGGUUAUACCACAAGGAGAAAAGCUUGUUGGUAUUGUGAAACUACCCCUUCAUCAGCUAUACUUGUCCUAUAGAGAUCCCAAAAUUACCAAAACACUCAUUAAAUCAAAGUUUCCAAUUGUAUGUGUUGAUGAUAUGUUGCCAAUCAGUAAUCCAUUCACUGGUUCUUGUCAUGGAGAACUAAGAGUUCUGCUGGCUAUGGGCACUGAAGAACAGAUAUCAUCAUUGCUGGCUGUCAAAGAUGGUAAUGAUGCUGAUGAUAGACAUACAGAUGGCAGAGGAAGACUGGAGAACAGACCAUCACAUCAUCUUGACCAACAUAAACAGUCAAAUGACAAUAGAUCCAACUCUACUCCAAGGAACAUAUCUGCAAUAGAUCACCAUUUUGAGAUAACAGUAGGUGAUAUCAGAGGGUUAUCCAUCUUCAACAGUACAGUGUGGGGAGAAACUGAUUGUUAUAUUCAAUAUCAUUUCCCAAAUCAACACCAGAACAUUGAUCUUGACACUGAAGUUGCACCUGGACUAAAGAGGCACCAUACACCAACAACUCUGUGUGUACCAGAUCCAUCAUUCCAAGAUGUCAGUCAUCAUUCAUUUGUCCUWCCAUCUGGAACACCUGUCCAGAGAUAUCUAUUGGCUGCUUACAGUGGCUCUUGGACAAGUGUAUCAUCUGUACCWGGGUCAGGGGGYGUCCCUUUUGAAUUGUGGAGAAGAUAUUACUAUCCCAAUGUCAGGGAUCAACUUGUUGCCAAGGCCAGCCUCCCUGUUGCCAAGCUAUGUGCCAUGGUAACCAUGCAAAGACAAAGGAAGUCCAGUGUACAGACAUUCUCACUCCCUCUUAUGGUGUUACCAGAUAAUAAAGGGUCUGUUAAGCAAGACUCUGGUCUGUUAGAAAUUACUGUUAAGUAUCAUGCUACAAGAGUACAACCAGAUGAUGAUCAUGGUAGAAAUAAGAAUAUUGAUGACCAAGUGAAUCUAUCAAUUGAUGUCAUUAGAGCUUGUGGACUUAAGGAUGCUGCUAUGGCUCAUGCCCAGUCCAACCCUGACAUGUCCUAUCCAGCUGAUGUUGGUAUAAAUGCAUAUGUAWUAAUCAAGCUUCCUAUUGGUCGCAAGAAAAAGCAUGUGACACGCACAGUGGCAAGGACUUUUGCACCAGACUUUUCUCACCAUCUGAACAUCAUUGCACCAUUGCAGAUGUCCAGGCAGUCUCAUGAUGACCACAAUCUUGUCAGUCUUGCCGAGAAGCUGGAAAUGACAGAAGUUAUAUUUGAAUUAUGGCAUCAGCAUUCAAGAGGCAUUGGUGACAUUAGUUCAUAUGGUGAACAGCAUAGAAAACAUGAUGUAUUAAUGGGUGUUGUCACCAUACCUUUAUCAGAGCUCCUUGUCUCUAGAACAGGAAUUAGUGGCUGGUAUUCUAUUAAACCUGUUGAAACAGACAAGAGACAUGAUAAUACACUUGGAGGGCUUCAGCUGUCAAUCAAGUUUGAAGAGUCAGAAGAUAGAGAAGCAGUCAUACAUACUGGACGUAGCUUGGGAUGGAGUCCUCCUCCUGGGAUAGAGUAUGAUGAUGAUAAUCAACUGUUUGAUUUGGAAGAUGAGGAUUGUGAUGACUUUCCAAAGGGACUGGAGCUUAGUCUAAAGAUCAGCAGGGCAUGGGUACCAGCCUUGUUAAUUCAAGAUGCUCAUGGACAAUCUAACAAGGAUAUCAAYGGAUACAUCAGAUACAAAUUAUACGACAAAAGUCCUCUAUGCUCAAAGGUUGUCCCAUUUAGAACCACKAACAAGGAAGCAAGUAUUUUAGAGGUGAAACACUCCAAAAGUUUCUUUGUACCAGCAACUACUUCACUUGUUUGGUAUCUUAGAGAAGAARGUCUUGAAGCCCAGGUAUGGAUUAGAGGAAAGACAAGGAAGGAUAAAGAUGAUGUUGCRGUGCUGCCUGGACAAAGGGACAGACUGGUUGGUUCAGCAUUUAUUGACAUGUCGUCAUUAGUUGUGCCUGGCUUGAAACAUUCACAGAUAAGUGGUGUAUUUCCRUUAUUCAAGGCUGGUGCAGACACCUUGGGUGGAGCUAGAAUUCACGUUCAGUUAUCUUUAACUAAAGCAAAUAGUCAGUCAUCAGACACACAAAUGUGUGAACAAGAUGAGGUCAAUGACACUUUGAGUUCUGAUGAUUAUCCCAGCACCAAAGGGUUUGUUGACAAUGAUAGUACAUCAUUSAAGUCAAGUUCUGAUCAACAGCCCAUUGAUACUGCACCACAAACCCCUCCCAGGUCAACAACCUCACCACCAGAUGAUUCAUUUGCUGCYCAUGUUAUUAUACAAGAAGCUCAUCAUUUGCCAACAGUGCCUGACAGUAAUGGUGACAGAAUACCACCAAAUGUCUAUGUCACAUACCAAGUAUCAGUAUCUUCACAAACUAUUAGUACACCAGUACUUAAGACAACUACAAAACCUGCCUGGGAAUUCCAAAAGRUAGAACAUCUUCCUUUAUCAACACUUAAAACACAAAAUCUUGUGUUUAAAGUAUGGCACCGAGCAGAUCAACAGCGGAAUCAUGAAUCCAACAACCACCAAGAGUUGACCAAGUCUGUUUCCAGGAAAAGUGAUAGUUCUGAUGAUUAUUGUCUUGGUUUUGCCAGUGUUGACCUGGCACCUCUUGCUGCAGGAUUAAGACAACUUAUAGGAUGGUAUAACAUCACUGAUUUCAAUGGACAAUGCAAGGGACAAAUUAAGGUUGGAGUUGUGCCUCUUGCUCCUGUGUCACCCAGUCGAUGUCUCUCAAGGUCAAYAUUGCAUGUCAGCCCACCUGUCGUCCAGGCAGACAAGCCUUUGAUGUCAAGACUGUCUAGUGUUGUUCCAUCAUUCAUGGGAAGUAUAGCUCAUCCCAGUCAGCCUGAUGCAGACCUGGSAGGAAUUCAGUACCACAAAGACACUGCUGCAAAUGAACAUCAAGAAUUACCAACAUCUACCACCUCCUCAUUCCUCUUUAGACAAUUAAGGCAAAAUAUGCAAGAUCUUGAACACUUACAAAAAGGUUUACAAGCUAAAUUAAGUGGGAUGAGACCUACUUAUUACAACAAGGAAGACUACCCUAACCAGCACAUGGAAGAGAUGUCUCCUCAUAAUCUCCACAAGCCCAGUACAACAGCUUCUGAUACCAGACAAACUACUAAUGACAAGUCUUGCAGGGCUUCUACUUGUGAAUAUAGUGAGCAACAUAUACCAAAACAUACUCAACCAUCUAAUGACAUUGAGGAAAAUAGGAUUACUGAAAAUAUAAAACAAUCAAAACCAGAGAGCAAUUGUGAAAAGAGAGAAGAGUUUAGUGAAAGAGAUCCYUCAUUGGAGAACAUAUGUGAUCAAAAUCAACACAAAACUGUUGUAUCCAGUAUCAGUGAAAAUCAUAUUUUAGAYACACAAGAAAACGUUGAACAAGGGAAUUCCUCUUACAACAAAGACAAUCAGUUUGAUACUCAUGUUGAAAAUGAUGCUGGCAGAGAAAUGAUUACAAAUGAYAGUAAUGUGAGCCAUGACUCUGAUUCGUUAGAAGAAGUUAGCUUGUGUGACAAGCCCUAUGCUCAAGAAUUUGAUAGCUGGCUUAGUAGUGAAGAGGACAAAAAGUCACCGGUUACUGCAUUAGCCUUCACAUUACCUGACAAUGAACCAGAUAUCCAACAACAAAAACAUUCCACUAUUGCAGGAAAGAUAAAUGAAAUGUCUUCCACUUCUGGUAGUGUUGAUGAUGUUGAAUGUGAUGAUCAAAGUGAGUCUGAAAUCAUUGAAGCUAUUAAUUUAUUUACUGAAAAUCCAAGAAAACAUAUUGACAUUGAUGAAUACCUGGGAGCUAGUAUUGURGAUGAUCAACCUGAAGAUCCUUGUAGUGAUUAUGAAUUAAARACCASUACAAUCAGUCCUAACAACAACAAUCAACAASAAAGUGCACAAUUUGCAAACCAUUGUCUCAAAGACACAACUCAAGAUGUCAGUAAUCAAAGCAAAGCAAAAGAUGUUAKCAUGCCAAAUUUCUUUAUGRCUACACAAGAGCUGGAAAACUCUAUGAGAGCCCUUAGACUUGGUGCCAAAUUAGGCUAUCCACAUGGGUUAGCUAGUAGUCUUCCACAAUCCAAACUGCUUGAGAGAACUUAUAAAAGUCAAGAUGACAAAAACAAAGGAAUCCUCAAUCAAUAUUCUCAAAGGAAACUCAUAUAUAAAGUCAAGCAAGAUAUGCAGCCACCUUUAUCUAGUAUUGAGAUAGAUAGAAUAGCAAGAAUAUUUUCUUCAAAAGAUUAAUAACACUGUAUAAUAGUAUGUCAUGCAGAUAAUGACAAAGUUGUUACAUAUUWUGUAUAUAUUGAAAUGUAAAUUUAUGUUUAAUAAUAUUCAUACCUACUGGUGUUAUUAUUAUAUUCAUUCAAACCACAUGAAACAUUGUUCACCAGGGGCUCAAUUCCACACUGUAUGGAUAGUCGAUUCAUGAAAUGUCAUUAGCCGAGCAUAUAUGAUACAUCGAUUAUCUGUUCAAUCAAGUUCAUAUUGUGAAAUGCCACUGGGUACAUAAUCGAUUAAAGUCCACGCCAUAUCGAGUGUUUACCCGUAAACACGAUGGUUAAUUUUGAAAUUAAACCGGAUGUAUGCAGGCUAGUGUUUAUUUGCCAUGUAAUAAAUCUAGGGUUAUUUCUUC